UGGUGGUGGGUGAGACUGAUGCUAACCUCUUAAUUUGAAACAAAACUUUAAUAAAAUAACAAUGAAAUUAAUUGUAUAUAGUGUGCUUUGAACUUCGUCCUGUUUUUAAUGUUUUAAUUACCUAAAACGCAAUGGAGGGUAAAAAAAUAUCUUUUGGUUUCACAAAAACCAAAAAAGUUGAGAAACCUGUGGCCGUCGAAAGAAAGGAGUAUAUAGAAUGUUUAGAAGAGAAAUCGAUCAAAGUUGUUGGCGGUGAAGUGGUGGAAGAAAAGGCACCACUGGUGAUCACAAUGAAGCCAAACACGCUGAUCACAGCAGAAAGACUGAAGCAGAUAGCGGAAGAAGUGGAAAAAGGUGCAGAAGAGGUGCCAGCACCAGGAGAUAAUGGGGCUAAGGAGGAUAGUCAGCCGGAGAGUGAAACAAUAGACCAGAUGGCUGUCCGAGAGUUGCUCAAUGAAGCAAAGCAGGAGAAGAAAGUGGAAGGGCCAGUUUUGACGGUUGCUGUGCCGUCGCAACCUGUUUUAGAUGGACAAAAGGAGUCAACAUUGGAAGAUUAUGAUGCUGUGCCUAUUCAAGAAUUUGGUAUGGCAAUGCUCAGAGGCAUGGGUUGGACUGCAAGCACAGAUCAACAGCAAAAACACAAGCAGCCAGAACUGAGACCGAAAGGGCUGGGUUUGGGAGCUGAUAAAGUCAUCAAAGAGAAUCAGAAAAAGAAUGUGUCCAAAGACAAGAAAGAUGAAGAGCUGUCCAUUGUGAAAAACGCCUUUGUUAAGAUUACUACGGGGAAAUACAGCGGCUUAUAUGGAAAGGUCGUAAGCCUGGAUGAAGACAACGGCCGUGUGAUGGUAGACAUCACCAUAAAGAAGGAGACGGUCAGUCUCAGCGAGUUCAUGAUGCAGCCUGUGUCCAAGUCGGAGUAUGACAAGCAGUCUAAAGUUAUAAAUGCGGAUUCCUAUGAAGAAUACAAGAAAAACGAAAAUCAAAAGUCAAACCGCGAUAAAAGGGAAAAUGAGGACCGAGAGGCUUCUUCCAGUCACAGAGAAAAAGAGAGAGAUAGCGAUAGGUCUAGAAAAGACACAAGUCGUAGAGACAAGGAAGACUCAAAUGGAAGACACAAACCGGAGAGGCAUCGAAGCCGAAGUAAUGAUAGGCAUAGAAAAAAACAUAAGAAAAGGUAUAGCAGUAAUUCUUCUGUAAGCUCAGAUGAAAGAACGAAAAAGAAGGAAAAACGUUACAGCUCUGACUCAAGCGAUUCCGAUGAUCAUAGAGAGAGACGGAAGACGGAGAAGAGAGACAUUGAUAAGAAAAGAAAGGGUAAGAAGAAGAAGCGGGAUAGAGAUCGCUCGCCAAAUUAUAGGAAACAUAGGAAGUAAUGUUGAAUAAAUCAUGAUUUUACAU